GGCGAGAAGCCCUACCACUGCACCUGGGAAGGAUGUGGCUGGAAAUUCGCCCGCUCCGAUGAGCUGACCCGCCACUACCGCAAGCACACAGGGCACCGGCCGUUCCAGUGCCACCUCUGCGAGCGGGCUUUCUCCCGCUCGGACCACCUCGCUCUCCACAUGAAGCGGCACAUGUGAGCGGUGCCUGCGGCCGGACUCGAUGUCCCCGGAGCCAGCUCACGGUGUAAAUAGUGUCGGGCCAGGGAUGGCAUUGGGGAGCAGCCUGGCCACCCAGCCCCCUCCGCUUGUAGUUGAUAACUAGUUUUCUCCUCCUGCUCCUGUGAGAGCUGGCCCAGCCAAGUGGUGGGGAAGGGCUGCUUUGGGGAUGUAUGUGGGGAGCAAAACUGCGAGAAACAUCUGCCCAGUCAUCACCACUCAGCUCCCCAUGCCUGGAGGGUUCCCCCCAGCCAGGUACCCAGUGAGUGGGGGAGCUGGUGCAUAAAGGGGUCUGUCCCCAGAACUCCUGGCUUGUAUUUGGCAUCAGCUUAACCUUCUUCCCCCCAGAUUCUGGCACCCCCCUGGCUCUAGGGGCUGUGGUGGCUGACUCUGGCUGCUUUUUGGCUGGAAAGCCAUGCCAGUUGGGCACAUUGGUUGUGUUGCUGGGAAAUGGGUUGCUGGUUGUCUCGGUUGUGAUCAUCAGAACAAACCUGACCCAAAGCCCAGAGUGGAUGGGGUGAGGGUGGGAUUUGACUGGCUCAUGGCUAUAAAGGUUUGCAGGUGUUGGCAGGACAGUGUCACCUUGCACAGAGGACAGGGAAGCUCCUGUCACCAACCUGGGACCCCUCUGGCCAUUCCCAGUUUUCCACUCAAGAGCCUAAAAUGUCUCUCCUGGCUCUUGUCUGCUUUAUUUUGUCUUGUUCUUCCCCUCAGGAUGACACCAGGUACUGCUGCAGCUGCCUUCCCCAUGCUGCUUUUUAAAAUUUAGUAUGUAAAGGACAGUGAGUCCAGCUAUGAAUGCCCAGGUCUCUGCUAUACUUGAAAUUUUUGUAGGGGGGGGGAUAAAAAAGAAAGCUCAAAAAGAAAGCUCAAAAGAAAAUGAGUCUUUUUAUGUGCAGCUUCUGCAAAGCAAGUUGUAAAUUAAACAAAGCAGUAAUAUAUAAUGUUUCUCUUUUUUUUAAUAUAUUUUUUCCAGCUGGGAACACAGAUGAGUCUCAGCUUUGGGAAGUGCACUGUUCCCGUCUGUGUAUAUUGUUAAUUAACAUUUCUCUGCUUGGGCACGUUAGGUCUCUUGCACUCUGAAAUGUUACUUUUCUUUAUAUGCAAACUGUUGAAAUAUUGUGAUCUGCUGUAUAAUAAAUAAACAAGAUGUAAACAUGAAA